AUGGCGGCGCGAGUGCGAUUCUCGCAAGAGCGACCCGGGGUCACUUACGUUCAGUCGACGUCGGUCGGCGGGACGACACCGUCGCUGUCGACGAAACCCGUCAGCCAACUGCUCGCCGACCUUCUGGCAAAGCCGAUGCCGACGCUCGUUUCGGAGCGCGAGUACCAGGUGAUGGACGCCUGCACAGCGGCCAGCAUUGGCGAGGAGAACGUCUUGAGGGUGAGUCGACUGUUCCAGCUUUGCAUUAAAAUCUCACAAGAAAAAAAAAAUUUGCCCUCUUUUUUUGAUGGUUUUGUGAUUAAUUUUGGUGACAACCGUAGAAUUAGGGUUCGAUUUUUUAGUGACCACUCCAGUAAUCAAAUUAGCGGCCACUCAAGUGUCUGAUUUCAAAAGUCUGAGUGGUGCUUUUAGACCAUCAAAAAUUCAAAGGCUUCAAUAGAGGUUGUUUCAAAGGCCACCUCACUGUCCCCUUCAAGUAGUACUUGAAAAACCUCUUAAGGGAUUGCUAAGUUUUUUUUUUUACGAAUUUGGAAAAAUUUUUAGUGACCACUGUAGAGGCUCGCCAAGGGCUACUUGGAGAGGACACUAUUUUCCGUUUUAGUGGCCACUUCAGUGGUUUUUCAUCCAGUAUUCCUCCCAGCAACUCUAAUAAAUUUAAAACAAACAGAUUGGACCAGCUAUGUUGAUCCAUUGACCCCUAAAAUGGCCACUAAAAUUUUCAGUGAUCUAGUACGUUCUUUAGUGUCGUGCCGUAAAUCUCACGUCCGUAAAUCUUCAGAGAUCAUGGCUCCAAAGAUUAUAGACUUGAACUUGUUCAGGAACUGAUCAAGAUCAAACCGUACUCAUUGAGUGCGAAAAAUCGAGCUGGUUGGACUCCUCUGCUCUACGGAGCCUAUCUCGGUCAUCAAGGCAUUUGCGCUUUUCUCAUUUCCAUCGGCGUCAUGGUUCGUUUAGAUUCUGAAAUUCAUCGUGGUGAUUCGGAAGAAACAGAAAAAAUCCUACAUUAAGAGCCGAUUUGAUAAAGAAACCGCAAAAAAUUAUCAGCGAGCGACUUGAAAAAUUAAAAAUUGUAGUAUAAAUAACUACUUUUUCUCAAAAAAAUUGACAGACAAAUGGACUCAAUCAACUCCGUAAUAGGAAUUUAUGAGCAAAAAAAUUAUUUCCGUAUCUAUUCCAACUUGUCUCUUCAUACCGACCUUUUCUUCCAGAUCGACGAUUGCAAUUCCCGAGGUCAAACGGCUCUGAUGAUGGCCGCUGCCUGUGGCAAUACCAAUGUGAUUUUGAAAAAUUAUUUUUCUGAAAAUCGACGGAUUCAGGUGGUGCGGCUUCUUCUCGAAAAAGGAGCAAGUACUGACCGCUGCGAUAAGGACGAACGCCAGGCGCUUCACUACGCCGCCAGUUGCAGUCAGAACGUCGUAAGUUUCAAAAAAUUGAGUGAUUAAAAUAGAACGAAAUGAAAAUGGUUCGUUGAUUAUACUGGUCAUGAAAAAGCUUCAAGAGUUAUUUCCUUUGACUAAAAACUUUCCUUACAACUUUGGAGGGCCCUUCAAAGCCACCGUAAUACUCGGGCAAAGUCGGAAAGGUGGAUAAUGACCUCUAAAAGAGAGGCUAAAAGAAGGCCGCAGAAAAAGAGCAAAAAGAUCCCUUUAUCGAGCCUUUCUCCCCUUUUUGACUUUGCCUAUGCAGAUUAACUGCCCGAAAGGGAUAAAAGUGGUCGUAGCCUGAAUAUGCUUGAUUACCAGGUCGUUGACGUGCUUCUCGGGGCUGGUGCUGAUCCGAACGCGGCCGAUGUCAACGGCAUGUCCCCGCUUCAAGAGGCAGCCAUCAGUGGUCAUGAGCUGACGGUGAUCAGCAUUCUCGAGAAGGUAGUUGCUGGAUUUUCGCACUUCUCUGAAAACAGCUUUUCACAUGGGUUUCGAGUCCAACCAGACAAGAAACAUCGAAUUUCAGGGUGGCUCUGCCCAUCAGAAGAACAAACGAGGGGAGGACGCAAUGGCGCUGGCGAGCGACAAUCCAAAAGUCCUUCAACUGAUCGCAGAUCAUGAGAAGACCGCUAGUGCCGCUGAAGCAGUUGGUAGGUCAAGAUCAAGAUCAAGUACCUCUUGAAGUUCAGUUUAAACAGCUGUUCCACUAGCUCGAACUUUGUUUCUGUGCUCAAGCGUUUCAAUUCAAAACUGUACAAGGAUUUCAGCUUUUUUUGACCGUGGUUCUAAGAAAAAAAAUCACCCUAAAAAUCUUCCAUUUUUUUGCACUUAAAAAAAAAGAAUCAUUCAAAGGCCUUCCUCUUUGGUCCUUGUAAUCCCGAAAAACCGUUUUUAAAAUUUUCCAAUAUGGUAUGCAUUCGUAGCUAAUACCUUUUAGAGAGGUAACUUUAACGGGAAAUAACUUUUGUGAGCAGAGUGACCAAAAAACCAACAUCGCAAACACAAAAAACACCGUAUCUCAAAAAUUUCUACAGUAACAUGAGAUGGUAUGUACAGGAAAAACUUCUAGGAUUACAUUACCUAUCGAUUGAUAUACAACAUGCCUAGAAAAAACUUGUCAAUUCUUUGAUACGCACGUGGCAAUUCGUUUACCGUAACUCGGCUACGGUUAGAGGAAAUGGUUCAAAAAGAUGUGUCCACAAUCCUGGCAUUAUGGGAUAUAAUGCUUGUUGAAAUUACAUCAGAAAUAAAAGGAAAUUUCUGUACCUACUGUUUUUGAGAAAAUUAUUAACAUUACAAAGACAGCGUUAACAUCCAAUUAGGUGCCUUGAAUUUAUUGCCAUAACCUUUUAUUUUCUUGUUCCAACGGCGAUUCAGAACAACCACGCGGACCGUACCGAGCGCCGCAAUGCCUCGCCGACCUUCUCGAAGAAAUGAACCUCGAGCGGUUCGUCGACAAGUUCCGCCAGCAGAACGUCGACCUGCACCUCUUCUUCGACCUCAACGAGAAAGACUUCGAAGAGAUGCGCAUACCGUACGGGCCCAAGAAGCGGAUGUUGAAGGUGAUCGAGCGGUAUCGCGCCACCGGAGUCAUCAACGCCGACACCUUCGACAGCAUUCCGCCGAUCGCCUCUUCAAGCGUCGCUCCGUCACAGGUUUAUUGUUGAAAAAUGCAUCUGAAUUGAAUGGAAACCAGUGCCUAGAUGAACAUCGACUUAAUAUGGGUUCAAAACUUCCAGUCCGAAUUUUCGGAGUGUGCUCCACAUAAAAAUAUUAAAACCUCAAGAAAUAGUUAUUUUAGUAAAAUGAAAACUCGGGCCUUGAUAAUGCGAAUCGGAAGUGUCGGGACAAUUCUAGUAACCAAUUUAGCGGAUUCGGUAUUCUUGAGUAAUCCCUAGAGUUGCUCAGAAAUGUCCGGUCUUCUUUACCAAGGUCAUAGAACGAAUCUCAAACGAACAUUUUUUCUUUAAACCUUUUUACGAGACAGAAAAUGAGUUCACUUAUAUGUGAUAUACAUUAUUUUUUUUUCGGAGAGCAUUCAAACUGAAAAGAUUCAGCAAAAAAAUAACAUGAAAACUUUCAAAGUUUUCAAUUUGGCGGGUUUUCUCACUGAUGUACGCCUACUCAAACGUACUGGAAAAGCUGAAACUCCUAAUUUUUUUUUCCGUAGAAACAUUUCUUUUUCUAGACUAAAACUUUCUUCUUCCCAAAAAUAUGAAAAAUUGUAGCUACAACAAUCAACGCGAGCACUGGAGCGCGACGAGUCUUCGUCUUCGUCGGAAUUGCUACGUUCGCUGCGAUUCAUUCGCGACACCAACGAGGCGACGAAGAAGCUCGCGAUUGAGGCUCUUCAGUCGCUGCACGUCGACCACAACGACAAGUUUGUCGCCGCAGGAAACACCGUAUUCAGUUUUCGUUUUCAGGCUCCGCCCACUUCUCACCGGCAUCAUGCAUGGAGUCGAGCAAAUAGCUGCGAGAGCUGCUCGGCACGAGCUCUGA